AUGUCCGGGCUGGAAAAGGCGUUGUUCAACCUCAAGUUCACAGCGAAGCAAUUGAAUCGACAAGCAGCAAAAGCCGGCAAGGACGAGCAGACCGAGAAGGCGAAAUUGAAAAAGGCUAUCCAACAAGGCCACUCAGACAUCGCCAAGAUCUAUGCUCAAAAUGCGAUACGGAAGCAGAAUGAGAAGCUCAAUCUUCUACGUCUGGGCUCGAGAAUAGAUGCUGUGAGCUCGAGGGUACAGACUGCUGUUACGAUGCGACAGGUGACGGGCAGUAUGGCGAAUGUUGUUAGGGGUAUGGACAGCGCUAUGAAGAGUAUGGAUCUGGAGAAGAUCUCGGCAGUAAUGGACCGCUUCCAAACACAAUUCGAAGAUUUGGAUGUGGCUACUGGAUACUAUGAGAAUGCGACUUCACAAUCGACGGCUGUCGCGACACCUCAGGACGACGUUGACAAGCUCAUGAGCCAGGUUGCUGACGAGGCCGGUGUGGAGCUUUCACAGGAGAUGGCUGGCGCGACACCAGCGAAGGACCUCAAAGCUGCGCCCGAGGAGGAGAGGGAGGACAAACUUGGAGAGCGGUUGAGGGCUUUGAGGAAUUAG